AUGUCGCUUCUCAGCAACCAAGAGGCUUCUAGGCCCGGGUAUUAUCUUCUUCAUCACACGGUAAUUAAGGAAGAUAGCCUGACGACAAAAACGCGAGUCGUUUUUGACGGUUCCGCGAAGACAUCGACCGGGGUGUCGCUUAAUGACACGUUCAUGAUCGGUCCGACUAUUCAAGAUGAUUUAUUUUCAAUCGUCACUCGGUUUCGUUCUCAUCCUGUUGUAAUUACAGCGAACAUUCAACAAAUGUACCGACAAAUUCGCGUUACUGAUAAUGAUCGGUUCUAUCAAAAGGUCUUAUGGCGAAAAAAUCAGGAUGAACCGAUUAAAACUUAUUCCUUGAAUACUGUUACAUUCGGUACUGCUUGUGCACCUUUUUUAGCGAUUCGUACAUUGCACCAAUUAGCAGACGAUGAAGAAUAUGCCUUUCCAGAGGCCGCGAAAAUUCUCAAACGCGACUUUUACGUUGACGAUCUUCAAACUGGAGCGAAAACAAUCAACGAAGCUCGUCAACUUCGAGAUGAAUUAAUUAAGCUCUUGCAAAAAGGUGGAUUCAAUCUACGCAAAUGGGCUUCGAAUAAGCCAGAAUUAUCGCAAGACCUUUCAAGUGAAACUUCAAAUAAAUAUAUGUCGCUUGAUCCUUCAGAUACGAUCAAGGCAUUAGGAAUUCAUUGGGAUCAUACAUCCGAUUCAAUUUUAUAUUCGGUUAAUUUGUCUGACUCAAAUGAUCGCGCUACCAAGCGGUCUAUUCUCUCGCAGUGUUCGAAACUCUUUGACCCUCUAGGAUUGCUAGGCCCCGUCAUUGUUGUAGGCAAAAUUAUAAUUCAACAGCUGUGGAAACAUCAGUUAGGAUGGGACGAUCAAGUUCCACCUGAGGUUCAUGAAAUGUAG